GGGCCCAGGCUGAGGGGAGGCGAAGCCGGGGCCGGGGGCGGCGGGCCGAGAUGCCCUACAAAGUCAAGAAGGAGAAGGAACCUCCCAAACCUGCCAAAGGGGCACCCAAGCCCAGCAGCGGGGGCAAGGAUGGCGGCGACGGCGCGGAGGAGCCUCCGCAGCCUCCGCAGCCCCCGUCCCAGCCGUCCAACAAGCGGCCGAGCAACAGCACGCCGCCCCCCACGCAGCUCAGCAAGAUCAAGUACUCGGGGGGCCCCCAGAUCGUCAAGAAGGAGCGGCGUCAGAGCUCCUCCCGCUUCAACCUCAGCAAGAACCGCGAGUUGCAGAAGCUGCCCGCCCUGAAGGACUCGCCGUCCCAGGAGCGGGAGGAGCUGUUCAUCCAGAAGCUGCGCCAGUGCUGCGUCCUCUUCGACUUUGUCUCGGACCCGCUCAGCGACCUGAAGUUCAAGGAAGUGAAGCGGGCGGGGCUGAACGAGAUGGUGGAGUACAUCACGCACAGCCGCGACGUGGUCACCGAGGCCAUCUACCCGGAGGCCGUCAUCAUGUUUUCAGUUAACUUGUUCCGGACCCUGCCACCCUCAUCCAACCCCACUGGGGCGGAGUUUGACCCCGAGGAGGACGAGCCCACGCUGGAGGCCGCCUGGCCCCACCUCCAGCUCGUGUACGAAUUCUUCCUCCGUUUCCUCGAGUCUCCGGAUUUCCAGCCCAAUGUGGCCAAAAAAUACAUCGACCAGAAGUUUGUCCUCUCUCUCCUGGACCUGUUUGACAGCGAGGACCCCCGCGAGCGGGACUUCCUCAAGACCAUCCUGCACCGCAUCUACGGCAAGUUCCUGGGGCUGCGGGCCUACGUACGCCGGCAGAUCAACCACAUCUUCUACAGGUUUAUCUACGAGACUGAGCAUCACAACGGCAUCGCCGAACUGCUGGAAAUCCUGGGCAGCAUCAUCAACGGCUUCGCCCUACCCCUGAAGGAGGAGCACAAGAUGUUUCUCAUCCGUGUCCUCCUUCCUCUGCAUAAAGUCAAGUCCCUGAGCGUCUACCACCCCCAGCUGGCAUACUGCGUGGUUCAGUUCCUGGAGAAGGAGAGCAGUCUCACCGAGCCGGUCAUCGUGGGGCUGCUCAAGUUCUGGCCCAAGACGCACAGCCCCAAGGAGGUCAUGUUCCUGAACGAACUGGAGGAGAUCCUGGACGUCAUCGAGCCGUCCGAAUUCAGCAAGGUCAUGGAACCGCUCUUCCGCCAGCUGGCCAAGUGCGUCUCCAGCCCCCACUUCCAGGUGGCCGAGCGGGCCCUCUACUACUGGAACAACGAGUACAUCAUGAGCUUGAUCAGCGACAACGCCAGCCGCGUCCUGCCCAUCAUGUUCCCCGCCCUCUACCGGAACUCCAAAAGCCACUGGAACAAGACCAUCCACGGCCUGAUCUACAACGCCCUGAAGCUGUUCAUGGAGAUGAACCAGAAGCUGUUCGACGACUGCACGCAGCAAUACAAAGCAGAGAAACAGAAGGGCCGCUUCCGGGUGAAGGAGCGGGAGGAGAUGUGGCACAAGGUCGAGGAGCUGGCCCGGCUCAAUCCCCAGUAUCCCAUGUUCCGGGCCCCCCCGCCGCUGCCUCCCGUCUACUCCAUGGAGACGGAGACGCCCACGGCUGAAGACAUCCAGCUACUGAAGAGGACGGUCGAGGCAGAGGCCGUGCAGAUGGUGAAAGACAUGAAGAAAGAGAAGGUACUGCUGCGGCGGAAGUCCGAGCUGCCCCAGGACGUCUACACCAUCAAGGCGCUGGAGGCCCACAAGCGGGCCGAGGAGUUCCUGACGGCCAGCCAGGAGGCCCUCUGACGCCCCCGCCCAGGGACCUUGCCCACCGUGGAUGCCGCUCACGCCCAUCCGAGGCCCGGAGCCACCGCCCCCGCCCCUUCCCCCCGCCCGGCCCUCACUGCCGGGGAUCCAGACCCCCGGGGCCAGGGGACUGAAUCCGCUGCAGUCCUUCGAGGGCCGGCAACCCCGUGGCCGGCGGUGCCAAGCACGGCUGCCCGGCUCCUGUUCUUAGAACCCUGCCCGAUCCCCUCCCCCGCUCCCCGAGGCAACAGGUCGACUGUCCAGAGACCCCCGUGUGCAGAGCCCCGCUUAGCGGCACCCCCGGUCCCCAGCGGGACCCUCUCGGGGCUGGUGUAACCCCCUCCAGGUCCCGCCUGGCUGCAGUGGGUGCCGAGGGCUUCGGUGUAGACACCCCCGAGAGGAGCUGGGACUGGCAGCUCCCUGCACUGACAUUCCACCCACCGAUGGUAACGAGACAGAUGCUUUGGCCCACCCGCCCACCCUCCUGGGCCUGGAGUCGGCCUGUACCGCUCCUCCCCAGGGGUCAUUCUUUGCUCCCUUUUCCGCCCAUUUGGUCUUACUCUGCCACACACACCUCAUCCCCCGCCCCCCAACCCCAAGGGCUACGGGAGGGAGAAACAAGUCUGAUGCUUUUCCCCUAGCUGAACCCCUGCUCCCCUCUCCCUGAAUUUGGCCCUUCCUCCCCCCCAUCCCAAGCCCACGGGGACUGCACUGCCAUGCCCAGGAGGCAGACAGCUGCCAGAGACCCAAAGAAACCCCGGGCAGCCGAUGCCUCUGCUCUGCCCCCCGCUUCGGGGCCAGGUUUCCAGACUGGAGCCCCUGCCCGUGGCUGAGCCUCUGGGGAGCGAGGGGGAGGCACGAGGCGCUGGAUGGAUGACCUUUCGGUCACGCCCCCGUCCUCCCCCUGUCCGAGGGGGAGGGGAGAUGGAGGGAGGAGGAUGGGGACUCUAAAGGGACCAAGGUGGGCAGUGGCUGCUCUGAUCGCCGCCCCACACCCCGCGCCACCAGGGACCGUUAACAAACACUAAAGGGGACAGCUCCCUUCCUGGUGCUAGCUUUGGGACCAAGGGCGGGAAGCGGCCCCCAUCUAUUUAUUUCCCUGUACCGGCGUCCACGUCCCCCCCCUUCCCCCAACCCGGGGGAGGGGGUUUAGUGGCAGGGGGCAGCAGGCUCAGGACGCAGAUGGAGCCGUGGACAGAGGGGACUUUAUUCUCUGUGGGGCGUCACAUGCUGUGAGGGGCCAGGCCCAGGCAGAUGUCUCUCUGUGUACAGAACGGAAUAAAGUGGAUCGCUCUGGA